AUGUCAUCCCUCUUCAAAUAUUCUGCGGUCCUGCGGACCAUCAAGGCGCGUGAGCGCUGUCACAGAUUGAAGAGAGAGGAGAAGGAGAUGUUCAAGUACAAAGAGACAGAUUGUAAGACAUAUUAUAAUGCCUUGAAGAGGCUCUGUAAGAGAGUAGAAUGA